UCGAGCACAUGUGACAAUCAAUUGUAUAUAUUCUUGAAUUAUGAUUUGAACAUAUUUUGUCAUUUCAAAUAAAUUUAUUAAAAAAAACAAAUGAAGAGCACAUUUUAAUAAACAGAUGCAAUGAUACAUAGUAACAUAAAAUGAGACGAAAGAAACCCGACUUAAAAGGAGUGGCUGUACGAUUUCCUUUAGCGUUGAGGAUAAAUGGCGAUGUGAUAAUACGUAAUGUUUUAACCUUACUUACUUUAAAAUUUACUACCAAAUACGUUUAUGUCAGAAAUAAAAAUGGAAGUUUCUCAUGUUACGUAUUUAUGGAAACGCCAGAUGCAAUUACACAGAUGAAAGAAAAGGGACACUUUUCACAAUUAUGGUACGUCUCAAGUAUUGCCAAUUGCAAUGAAUUCGUUCUAUAUCAAUCUUCCGACAAUUGCAAUUGGAUUGCUAGAAAAACUGCAGACAAUUCACAGGUGUUCGAGAGGCUUGAAACAGAAACUCGACAACCAGUGCAUGUAAUCAGCUAUGAAUCUAUCAUCAAGGAUGCGUUUGAAGGCCCGAGAGCGAGUCUCGCUACUACUUGUUUCAAAUCAACCCGAAUAAACAAAAAUAGCGUCGACCGAAAUGUCAUUUCACUGAAACAGAAUGAUAAGCAGAGUUUAUACGUGUUCCCUAAUGAAAAGAACACGCAUCCGCUAAAGGCUAACUAUUCAACCGAUGAAAGUGAUUGUAAACCUGUACAGGAAACAAAUGUUCAACCGACCGCUUUAUUAAAUAGUGCCCAAUCUAGUGUUCUAGAGGACGAAUGCCUACCGUUAAACAUAAAAUGUAGAUACCCAUCAUACAACACCCAAGAAAGCAGACUCGAGACAUAUAAAACAUGGCCCCACAUAAAACCAACGUCAAUAGACUGUGCAAGGGCUGGAUUCUUUUAUAAAGGCCCUGGAGACCUGGUGCGAUGCCUCUGUUGUGGGAUCGGAUUCAAAGAUUUCUCAGAGGUCGACAUCCCUCUAGAUGAACAUAUAAAAUAUUCCCCAAGAUGCGCUUAUCUGGAACACAUUUUAGAAACUGAGGAGCUAAAUCAUCGAAUGCAAGUAUAA